CGCCCUGCGUCGCGUCACGGCGCUCACUGGGGGCCCGGCUUUCGCCCGCUCCUGCCGCCGCCGCCGCCGGCCGCGGCUGCUCUCCCAAGAUGGCGGCUCCUCCGGGCGAGUACUUCAGCGUUGGGAGCCAGGUGUCGUGCCGGACGUGCCAGGAGCAGCGACUGCAGGGCGAGGUUGUAGCCUUCGACUACCAGUCCAAAAUGCUGGCUUUAAAAUGUCCCUCUUCCAGUGGAAAGCCCAACCAUGCAGACAUCUUGCUCAUUAAUUUACAGUAUGUUUCAGAAGUGGAAAUUAUUAAUGACCGAACGGAAACCCCUCCUCCCCUAGCUUCACUCAAUGUUAGUAAGCUUGCCAGCAAAGCACGGACAGAGAAGGAGGAGAAGCUGAGCCAGGCCUAUGCAAUCAGCGCCGGUGUCUCCCUUGAGGGCCAGCAGCUUUUCCAGACCAUUCACAAGACCAUUAAAGAUUGUAAAUGGCAAGAAAAGAACAUUGUAGUCAUGGAAGAAGUUGUUAUUACACCCCCAUAUCAAGUGGAAAACUGUAAAGGCAAAGAGGGGAGUGCACUGAGCCAUGUACGAAAAAUAGUGGGGACCGGGGACUUGAACCUGAGCCCUUGUGCAUUGUAACAUGCACUCAACCAGGUUGAAAAACAUUUUAGAGACGUGGAAAGCCAAAAGAUAAUGCAGCGUUCACAAGCCCAGCAACCACAGAAGGAGGCUGCUCUGUCAUCCUGAGUCCACAUACACAGAGGACUCUACAGCAUCCAGCCACGGAGGCGCUGGUGGUGGCUUCAGCGGAGGCAGGCCGGGGGAGGGAAGGGAUCCUAUGUUUCUUGUUGACUCUUGUUAACAGAGAGUCAGCGUUUCCAAAUCUUAAACUUGAACAAACAAAACACCCAACAACAACAAAGAACAAGAGAAUAAUUUAAAUGUUGAAUCAUUACUUGACUAACAGACUUUGGUCCACCAUGUCCUUUUCACAGCCCCCUUUUGAAACAGUCACCUUGUUAAUUUUAUUUUUGAAAUUCCUUUCCUGCUCUGCCCUUUUACCUCCGACUUUCCUUUCCUAGUCUGUCCCUGCUAUUCUGUUUUUAUAAGUGGCUACACUUGCCUUCUGAGUGAUUGAAAGAAACUUUUACAUCUUUUUCAAAAUAAAAGUAACAAGCUGACUGUGAUACUUAAAACUGAGACUAGAGCAACAGACAGAGGUCUCACUUUUCUUUUUUUUUUUUUUUUUUUUGCUCAGGGCAUGGCUUGAAUUAGUUUUAUUUUUCUUAACUUUAAAUAUAUAUAUGAAAAUAUAUAUUAAAAUGUUCUUUAAAUAUUUUCUGCUUCUUGCAGGUCUCUUUUUACUAGAUCAUGGCCACUCAUCCCUCUGAAAAUAUGGCCCUCUCCACCACCCAUAACCAGGCAACUAACUUGAUGUAGUUCAUAGCAAGAAUCUUCUGCAAUACUUUGUAGAUCUAGUGUAUGCAGAUGGGAUUCAGCUUUGAGGGUUCCUGAUGGCAUUUAGCCUUUAACUGUGUAUCAGUCUCACAUUUGGCCAAAAACUCAGGAUUCUCCUUCUGCCUUUUGUCUUAUUUCAUGGUACUAGAAGAAUCUCCUCACAGUUCUCCUGUUUCCUAGAUGGGAGAGUCAGUUGCCCUUCUUCCUGUGCCCUCUGCAGGAAACUAUUUUGCAUGGCACAUUUCUGCUCUUUAUUGAGGGAUGAUUGUCUUUCCUAAGAAACCUGGAGUCCACUUGUCCUGACCUCUUUUAAGUCUUUAUUCAGAGCCACUACCCCAAGAGAAAACUUGGGUGGUCUAUCGUUUCUUUUCUGCCAAAGUCCUAUUGUACCCCUUCCUCAUACUCCUAAAUUCUACAAGCUUACAAGUUUGUAUGUGCUCAGCCAAUGAGCAGAAAACCUGGGAAGAAUUUCUGGACAUUAGCCCACUAGUUUAGUGUCGAAUAACCUGCUGAGAGCUAAGACUGACACUUGUUGCCCUUGUGCCUCCCAGACAGUGUCAUGGGGCAGAGUGCCGUCAUCACUCGAUGAAUGCAAUGUGGGUGAUGCUCAUGUGACUGGCUAGAGCUUUAGGGGUGGGAUAGGGGGUUACUUUUUUUUUUCUUUUUUUGGCCAUGGUCUCUUCCCCCCCUUUUUUUUAAAUAAAUGGAUCAAAAUUAAAUAAUUCAAGCCCUGCCUUCAAAAUGAAUUUUUUUUAGUAUUGUUUAGCAAAAACAAUAAAACCCCAAUUUUUUUAACCAUCA